UUUUCUUUUAAUAAAUUUGAAAUGUUUUUAAAAUUAUGAAAUUAACAGAUUUAAUGACAUUUCAAAAAUGUCUAAUUUUGAUGACAGUGACAGGACAAAUUUUUAGUAUUUCUAUGAAAGAAUUUGAAAUGUCAAUUAAUUCAAUUAGAGAUGCCUGUUCACCACAAUUCAAAAUUACAAAAGAACAACUGACCGAUUUACGGAAUGGAAAAUUUAAUGAUGAAAGUAAAGAUAUCAAAUGUUAUACAAAAUGUGUUGCUCAAAUGGCUGGAACUUUAAAUAAAAAAGGUGAAAUAAGUAUGCAAAAAUCUAUGGCACAAAUUGAUAUGCUACUACCAGAAGAAAUUCGUGAAAUAUCAAGAGAAACACUUAAACGUUGCAUUCAUGUUCAAGAUAAUUACAAAAAUCCUUGUGAUAAAACAUUUUAUGCAGCUAAAUGUGCAGCAGAUAGUAAUCCAAAUUUUUCAUUUCCAUAA